AUGACCUCAAUCUCCUUGCUCGGUCUGCAGCCCAAGGUGGUGUCCAGCACGGCAUUCCGCAAGCAUGCGCUCAAAAGCCAUCCCACCCCUCGCAUUAUCCUCCUCAUCCUUAAGCGGUACUGGCGUGCGAUGCCUAUCACCAGUUUGUGCUGGCUCCUCAAUGACUGCAAGGGCUCGGACAGCAUGAUCACCAGCAUUGUCUAUGGAAGCGUCAUCAACUUUUCCCCACCCAGCGCUGUUGUAGGAACUUUAUCGAUGAACAAGAUCGGUCGCAAGCCCGCAUACCCCACCGAUGUGCAGGGCGAGCGAGUCAACUUUAUCUUCGGCAGCCCGUUCAGCUCAGCGUCCUUUUACGUGCCACCGACCAUGAGCAGGGACUCGCAACAGCAAGACAUCGAGUUCCGCGAUUACCUCGCUCAGCAUGGAUACAAGUCUAUCUUUGGUGAAAACCCAGUGACACAGCAUGAGGGGACCCACGAGGAAUUGCAGGCCGAGAAGAUGCGGAAGCAGGGGGAACGGACCGCAAGAGCUGCAAAGCUGCUUGGGCAUCUUUGGUGUAAAUAUCUGAAUCAAACAUGGGCUUGAGGUUGCAACAAGAAAGUUUACAUGAGAUUGCCGCAUUCUAAAUGCAUCCACCAUAGGCAAUAGCUCAAAUUUCCUUUUCCGCAUCCACGGCCUUCUUGUCCGGCAUCCGCAUGCUUUGCGGUAGGGCGGACACAGGCUCUCGGCUCAGUCUGCUCGCUGCAAGUACCCUGGCGUCCUGAGCAAGAACAGCGUCAAUGAUGGCAAGAGCGGCCAUGCUUUCCACGAUGGGUAUGGCGCGUGGGACCACGCAAGGGUCGUGCCGUCCACGGGUCUGCAGUACUCCUGUUGUGCCGUCGUAGCGCGAGGUGGAUUGAUCCUGAGAGAUCGUAGCAGGAGACUUGAAGCCGACGCUGAGAGCCGAACGAAAAUGAAUCGUGCACGAGUAAGCAACCAUAGUAGAUUAAAUUGCCGUUUCAU